AUGUUUACUCCACGCGCCAACUUCACAGGCGAGAGAGAGAAAAACCCUAACGAUCUCAUUGAAUCCAUUCUUUCCAAACACGAUGCCGAUCUGUACAAAGAAGAACAGACCGGAAAAUCUGUCUUUAUUAUCAAGUGGGGGAAGACCCCACGCUCAGGUAUCAGCUUUCAUUUUGCUCUCCUUCUUGUCGACGAUAGCGAAGAUUCGUACCCAACAGCUGGGACCAUUGGCACAACCUUUAGUUGGGGAUCAUUCGAAGAUAACCAGCUUAUUAAGACCGGAGGAUCUACAAAGUUGAAGGCUUAUAAUUUUCGACGUGAGAUGGAGUACGGCAACACGUACGAGUGGGUUGGGCGAACAAAGGCGCCGCCUGAGUAUAUCGAGUUAUGAAUGAUUUCGGCGACUACUAUAACUUAGUUACCAACAAUUGUCGCAUAGUCACAGUCAAGGUCGCCAAGUUCAUCACGAACAACCAGUGGAGGGAAGAACGAAAAAACAGGAAUGCUCUCAAUAUUCUCAAAGGCUUGGGACAAAUUUCAUCGCUUGGUCGAGCAGCUGGUGCGGGAAUUUGACAAAGAGUUAGGUUUAGCAACUUUCUUUAUCGCAGCUACUGCAACAAUAACGUGAUAGUCUUCCUGUAAUGAAGCUGAUCUUAAAGAGGGCCUUGGAUUCCAGGUGGCUUGGCCUGGUAGUCUUCGCGAC